UCGCCUACUUCACACUAUUUACAUUAUAUACAUCGCGUAUCGGAUCGGCGUAUAUACGCGUCAAAACGGUUGAGGUUAUGUGACGCAAAAUGCCCGCGACAGGUCGUCGCAUAGUUGUAAAUUAUAUUAAUUAAAAAUCAUAAGUUUUGUGUUGAAAAAGCAAAAAACAUCACCGCAAAUGUUUCAGAUUAAAAGGGUGUCAUGGAAAAACAUCAUGAGGACAGCAACGCUGUUGUUUGUUUAUCUCAAUCGUAUAACGAUGGAAUUCAAAAAAUUGUGGGAAAUGAGCAGGCUAUCCCCUUUGAUUUUGAAGUACCCCAACACAUAUUGGAGAGACGAAAACUUUUGUGGAACGGUUUAUUUCAGAAAUACUCAUCAAUGGUCUCUGAAGUUGCAUUUAACAUAAAGACUAUGAAACCACAGGAAGUAAAAGAUAUGCAAGAAGUUAUGGAAAAACCUACAGAACCUCGCAUGCCAAUGCGCAAAUCUAUGUCAAUGGUGCAAUAUUGGGUCGAUACAGGCAAUCAACCUUACAUGGAAAACGUUAACGACAGAACUCAUUCGGAUCCUGGGUCUUCACUUGCAGAAGAAGAAAUCGUAGAAUUAGAUGAAGUUGCAAUUUUGCCAUCUGCUAGUAUAAAUUCAAGUUUGAAAAGAAGGUCUGAAACAGUAGGUGUUUCCAACAGUAAGUUAAUGAGGAUAGCUAGCUCAUCAAGUAGCUCAGUGGAUACUGCAGCUUAUAUUUUAGCCAAUAACAAUACUACCAAACAGGCAGAAACCUUGGCAAUUGUUGAAGGAUCUAAAGUUGAUGAUAAAAAGCAAAAUAACCUUUUGCAACCAUUGAAUCUCGUUAAUAGUGUAAAUAGUAUAAAUACAAGUGGUAACAAAAUUGAAAUGUAUCAAAAGCACUUUUUAAGUGAAAAUACUGUAAAAAGAAGAGACAAUACAUUGAAGGUUAAUCAUUUAAAAAAAAAUGUAAGUAAAACUAAUGACGACCAUCAAGAGUUUGAUGUAGAUGCAACUGAAAUUGUAAGUGAUGAUUCGAUUAGAGAGCAAGCGAAUGGCCAUCCAUCAAUUUUGGUCAGUGAAAGUGAUGAGUCAGUUAUUAAGAGUAGAUUGAGUACUGGUGUACAACGAAAAAAAUUGUACAAAAAUACGGAAUCUCCAGCAGAAUUUACACCAGCGUCUGAAGCAGCCUCCAGUCACAGAGCACCAAGGUUGUCUAUCAAACAGUGUGAGCAUCCAGCAUUUCAAACUCCUAAGUUGUCCAGGCCAAGUUACCUUGUUAGACGGGCCAGGCAGAGAUUUAGAAAAAAGAAAAAUCGUAAUUCGUUAUCAAUAAAAAUGUCUUUAUCAAAAACUGAUGUAAACAAAACAUCUAUCAAACAUGACAGUACUAAAAGACAAUCAAAUAUUUCUGAAAAAUCUAAAACAAAAAAUAGUCAAGAGAAAAAUAAAACGAAGUUUGAUAAUUUGACAACAAACCAAAACAAGCCUGACAAAAAUCUAAAUUGCAGCAGUUUGGAUAACAAUAGCAAUGAUAGUAGAUUAGGACAACAACCUCUAGAUAGGAGAAAGCGUUCAGAUGUAAAAAUAUCCUUAGAUUAUAGCAAAAGAUUUGAUCUAAAAACUGUGUAUUUAACUCUUCAUAAAUUACCAUACAUAUAUGGAAUGAUUAAAACUUAUUCUGAUGAUGCAAAGAAUUCAAUAAAUAAGAUUCAAAGAGAGAAAGAAGAAAAAAAAUUAUCGAGUAUCAACCAGAAUGGGAUUAGAGAGCAAAAUAUUGCUUUUUCAGGUAACGAAUUAUCAAAUGAAUCAUACAGGAAGUUAAAAAAAUCUCGAAAAAGAUAUACUCAAUCACCCACUCAGCAAACUACUCCUAAAAGUACUGAAAAAAGUAAUUUGAAAACAAGGGUUGAGAAAAUAUUAGCAUUUAAAGAAAAUGGAAAUAAUGGUGAAAGCAUUAUUGCAGAUACAAGUCCAGUUGACUCUGAAAAAUCCAAUUCUGUUUUAGAAAGAGUAAAAGUAGUAGAGACAGAAACUAACAAUGUUUUGAUGACUUCUCAGAACAAGUCAGCUGUCGAAAAUCCUCAUAAAGAUAAAAAUAAAAUUGUAUAUGAUAAAUCAGUGAAAUACGUGCUGGUGCUAUCCUCUUCUGAUGAAUCUGAAUCAAUUAUACCACUUUCUAGCAAAAAGAUAAAGAAACGAUCCUUAAAACGAAAAACGAAUAUUGAUGAAAAAUUAGAUGAUAGCAGUGAACACGAGGCAGAAAAGUUAUUGCUAAAUCUCAAUAGAAAAAAUAGUUCAAAGUUGAAAUCUACAGAAUUAAUGAAAUCUCAUGAAUCUGAUAAAGCAAUUGCUUUUAAUUCAACAGUUGAUCAACAAACUAUUUCACAAUUUGUAGAUAAAGAAAAAAUAUUACCAGUGAAGAAAAAACUCGUUGACUCGAAGAGCAAAAUAAUGAAUAAUAAGGACAAAGCUUCCGCUGUUGCUCCUGGAGCAAAGAAAAACGUUCAGCGUAUUACCGAUACUUUAUCCAGUGAAAAAGAGCAAGUAUCAACUGAAAUAGAAUCUCAAAAUAAAAAUAAAAAUGAAGCAAUCAGUACUAAGUUAAUUAACAAGCCACUGAAAAGAAUCAAUAAAACUAAUAAUUUAGACAAUUUAGUUGAGAAAAUAAGGAGUAAAUCAAAUAAUGACAAGAACUCACGUGAUUCUUUGCUUACUAAGAAGCAGGAAAAAAGUCCAACACAGUCUGACAAAUUAUUUAAAGAAAAAAAUAAUGUAGCAAAAAAAAUUGAAUUAAGUCCUGUCACAAAAGGUAAACACUCUGUACAGAAUAAAGAAGCAAUAUUGGAUAAAGACUGUCAAGAUCUCAAAGAAUCAAAUUCAAACAGAUCAACCAUACGAAAAUCUAAAAGAAAUACAACUAAAGAGAACAAAUUGUCACUAACAAAUAAAUCCAAAAGAAAGACUGAUGAAUUUCUGAUAUUAUCUGAUGAUGAAUGUAUUAUACCAUUGAAAAUGAAGGCUCAAGGGAAGUAAUUGCUCAUGGAAGUAGCUGUUUAGAAAAUCGUCCACAAAGUUAUAAACACCAUCAACACAUCAAUGCGCGCUCUAAAACGAUCGCUAUAUUCUACAAGCAAAGCCAAACACAAGAAUUCAUGAUUAGUAUGGAUUUCAACGAGUUGCACUACCGACGAUGUGAUGCCUGGACAGUAGAAGAUGAUGCGGCUGGGAUACGUAACCUUGCAGCACGACGUGCUCCAAUUUGACUUCUUCGAAGCCGAUGUUCUCAAUGUCUUUGGUUGGAUUCGAAUCCAGUCGACAGCCGCCGUAAAGUGCCGGCCAUAUCCUUGUCCUUGUCAGUAUCAUCUGCACCCGGCUGAUGAAGGAUCCUUGCUCAUCGGGCAAGUGCUCGAAGAAUAAAUAUCUUCCGCCCUGGAAUAUUGGAAAUCGUUUUAAAAACAUUACGAUUUAUUGUCCGUAACUGGUACUUGAAUUUUUUUCGAAAACUCACUGGUGCGAGUAUCCUGCGAAUUUCUUUGAGCGUAUUGAGCGUCGAUUUCGUCGAGCACAGACUUCGCGUCGUUACGACCACAUCCACACAGCCGGUGGGUAUUCCUUUCAACGAACUCCCAUCGGCGAUGAUGAGUCUUUCGAAAAUAACAUGUUCGUACUGCCAGGCUCUGUCUCCGUUGACCAGGUAGUCUCCUAAUUUUCGAUUACAAUCGACUGCGAUGAAAUGCGCGCCCUCGGGGUAGUAUUGUAUGUUGUCGCCUGAAAAGGAAAAACACGAUAGAUUGAUGAUAAGAGUUAUUGUAUACGAAAGAGAAAAAAAAUGAAAUGUGUAUCGACCAGUUUUAACUCCGAUUUCCAGUAUUCUAAUACUGUUCAACGAGCGCAGAACCUCGUCGUGCGAAACCAUAUGUUCCAGGGGUGCGAAAAGUUUUUUCUUGUAACUCGAGGCCAGUUCGGCGCACUCGGUUUCGAAUCCGAUGAGAAAAGCUUUGUAAUUGCUUUGCCGGAAUCUCGACCACUUCCACGAGAUCAAGCUUGACAAGACGACGAAUACGAUCACGAUAAGUCCGUACUUCGUGACGAGGUCACGCACCCACAGAUCGAUUGUGCUCAUUUUUUAAUGUCAAGCCCUUUCAUCAUUCGACUGAUUUGACUCGGUUUAUUUUUUUCGAAAAGUCACUCGUACACGUGACGCGGAGAAGAAACGGAAGCGCAGUUAUAUUGAUGCGACGUUUUGCGAUCAACUGAGCGUCUAUUUAUGUCUACAGAUGUAAGACAGUGCAGUAGGCUAAUCUGCGAAGCUCGUGGGAAUGCUUACGCAUGCGACUUGAGGUUCAAUCGCGUACGAUAAGAUAAAAAUUGUAUAUUUUAUAUUCUUGUUUAGAAAGUUUUUCGACGUUGUGUACAGUGCUUAAUAAUGGUAAUAACAAUUGUUACAGGAGUGAUUUUACCAUUAUAUUUAUUUCAGUGUGCAGAUAUCUCGAGAUGUCAUGCUGUUGUUAUUUUUUUAGAAUCAUUUUAUAAAAAAAUGUGAAAUAGAUUGGAACGAAUAAACGAUUGCAAAUUCGCAAUAAUAAUCUUGACAUUAUGGGUAUUUUCUAGGAUAGUUUUUAAUAAGCUUAUUCGGUAAGCUUUGCGAUAAAUAUAUUCAUAGGUAUUAUCAACCGCACAGUGUAUAUCUGAACCGCGAAUGUCAAUAUAUCAUUUCAAGAUUGUACCUCUCGAGUAUUGCAUAUUAUAAAUGUUAGAAGUGAAUAUAGCGUUUAUAAAAGAA